UCCGGUUUUCGUCGACGUGAGAGAUUGACCUUGGAAAUUUAAGAAUCGGCACACAAGGGAACAGUCUUUACUUACCGGCUUAUUUUUUACAGCAAAAAUGACCACGGAGGCUCCCUACGAUAAGUACGUGAAGCUCGCAUUUGAAAGGGUCACAGAAGCUCUCCGGACCAGGUUUAAAGAGUCGCCGCUCCAGGCUGCCAGGGAUGAGUUGGUUUUAUUACACAAGAUGGACGAGGACCAAUUGAAAGCGUACAGGAAAAAGGACCUGAACAGAGCAUUAUGUAGAGGGAAAUAUCUAAAUGGCGAAAUAGAGGUCGUUAAGAAACGGCUAAAUGACUGUAUGUUAGACUGUCCUGUCAAAGCUUAUGAUCAAGCAGCUGGUUCAGGAAAAGAUGCAGAGACGGUGCUGGGGCAUUGCAUGUUGAGGUGUGCAGAUUCACAGAUCUCACGAUUUGGAUCUAUGUUUAAACGCAUGGAAAGAGCUGUGGAUGAUAUAGAUAGCAAGUUUUGAAGAACUACAGUAAACAAUGUUUGGUGCAAAUGUUGUUAAGUUGUGGAACAGAAGAAAUUUUCCAGUUGCUUGUAAAAAUCUUUGACUGUGUGUCAUGUGUCUGUAAUAAAAAAAAAUUCAGUUAAAUUUAGCAAA